GCAGACGAUUGGCUGAUCCUCUGCAGGUGAAAACAAACCUGGCAGAAAAUCAUCUACACAGUGACGGGUGGAGACACUGCAGAGUGACUUAAACACUGGGAAUAACACAGAGAGCUACAGGCUGUGGCGUGAAGACGUCUCAAGUAGUGCAGCAAUUUAGUUUCUGGUUUUAACAUCCACGCGAGAAUGUCCAUCUUCAGGAGGUUCUUCAACAAUGUCAUCCACAACAGAGACCCCAAAGAUGACACUGUCACAGUGAAAGGUAAGCCCAAACCUAAAUAUUAUGGAACAGUCACCCCACAUCCAGACUUCAAUGCCAGCAGUGAUGCUUCAGUUCUUCAAACUGCCAUUGAAAGCAAAGGAGUGGACGAGGACGUGAUCAUUGCAGUCCUAGUGAAGAGAAACAACGAGCAGAGACAGAAGAUCAAAGUAGUUUAUGAGGCAUCCACUGGCAAGAAUCUGGAAAAAGAUCUGAAGUCGGCGCUCAGGUCACAUUUAGAGGACGUCUCUCUGGCUCUGCUCAUGACACCAACUCACUUUGAUGCCUACCUGCUCAGGAAAGCCACAAAGGGUCUGGGCACAGAUGAAGGCGUCCUGGUGGAGGUUCUGGCAACAAGAUCAAACCAAGAGAUUCUAGAGAUCAAGAGGGUCUUCAAAGAAGAGUAUAAAAAAGACCUGGAGGAUGUUAUUAAGGACGAAACCAGUGGUGAUUUCUCCACGGCCCUUCUGGCCAUGUUGAAAGCUAACAAAGAUGAGAGCAGUGAAGUCGACAUGGAUCUUGCCCGAAGGGAUGCAGAGACUCUGUUUGAGGCAGGUGAGAACACCUGUGGAGUCAAUGUUUCUGCCUUCAUCGACAUCCUGACCACGCGAAGCGGGCAGCAGCUCUCUAAGACAUUCCAGCAAUAUGCUUGCCUCAGUGAUGUCACACUACCUAAAGCCCUGGACAUGGAGCUGAGGGGAGACAUUGAAGAUUGUCUCAUUGACAUUGUGAAAUGUGCCUGGAACACACCAGCCUUCUUUGCUGAGAAGCUUCAUCUGGCUAUGAAGGGUUACGGCACAUGUGAAGACACACUCAUCAGAGUGCUGGUGAGCCGCUCUGAGGUCGACCUGAAGAAGAUCUUGGAGGAAUACAGGGCCAUGUAUGACGUCAGUCUACAGGACGACAUAUUGAGAGACACAAAGGGACAUUAUCGGGACAUCCUGCUUGGACUGUGUGGACCUCACUGAAAUUCUGUUAGAACCUCUUUACUGGAAAUCAUCCAAGUUUGUCCACUGGAUUCCACUGAAUUCUCACAUUUUUCCAAAUGUCUGAAAGUGAAAUUAAAGUGUCUUUUUCUUCCUUUUUUUUUUUGAACAAUGAAUUGUUCUGCUGGCUAUGCGUGUCCACUUGUAUACUGAACUGUAAUUCACAUCAUGUUUGAUGAUUCAUUAUAAUAAAUUCAAAUAUAUGUGGAAAAA